AGAUCUGCCGGCGACACCCACCAACCCUCCGAACUUCACCCCUCCCACGCCUCCCACGCCUCCCACUCCUCCCACCGCUCCCACCGUGGGCUGGAUCCCACCGACGCCGCCGACGCCGCCCACUCUGCCGCCGGACCACACGCCUCCCACCCCUCCAACGCCCCCGACCCCUCCCACUCUGCCGCCGUCCCACACCGUGCCCACCACGCCGCCGGUCAAACCGCAGAACCUGCCGAGCAACCUGAGGGAGAAUGAGUGCGGGCGCAGCAAUCUACCACAGGAAUGGACGGUGGGCGCUCGUCAGGUGGAGUACCAGGGUGACCUGCCCUGGAUGGUUGCCCUCGGAUACCGGCGUCGGCGCCGCGUCGUCUACAGAUGCUCCGGAGUGCUCAUCAACGACCUCUGGGUGCUCACGGCCGCGCACUGCAUCAAACAACGCGGACCCGUGGAGGCGCGUCUGGGUGACAUUGACGUGAUGGCGGCGUACGAUGACGACCAGGAGGUGCCGCCGGUCGUCAUCCCGGUGGUGGACGCCAUCCGUCACCCCGACUACCUGGAGCAGCGCGGCACCGAGACUGAGCUGAUCCACAACAUCGGCCUCAUCAAGCUGGCCCGGCGGGCUCCCAGGAACGAUGUGAUCCGGCCUAUUUGCCUGCCUCUGGAGACGGAGCGAAGAGACUCGCUGGCGGAAAAGGAGGCACUCAUUGCCGGAUGGGGAUUCCGGAGAGACACGGGUCGUCCGCGGCGGGUGAUGCACUUCUCCAGCGCCGAACUCAGCUCCCACCAGGAGUGUGUGGCCUCCUACAAGGGCGAGUACACCAUCACCUACCGCAUGCUGUGCGCCUUCGACUACUCCGGCAUCGACUCCUGCAAGGGUGACAGCGGCACGCCUCUGAUGCGCCAGUCCGCCAACGGCACCGGACCCUGGGAGGUGAUGGGUAUCGGCGCGUACGGCCAGGGCUGCGCCGAUCCCAACUAUCCGGCCGUCUUCACCAAGAUCGACACCUACCUCAACUGGAUCAGCCGCACAGUGGACCGAAACUGAGCAGACGAGACGGAAUAACAAACGCACAGUGGACCGAAACUGAGCUACGGUGGACUGAGCCGACGAGAUGAAAGUGAGCCGACGCGACACCGGCCGCACAGUGGACCAAAACAGCUUACCGUGAUGUGGAGAAACCGCACAGUGUGGACUGAAACUAUGUUAUGGUGACGUGAGGCCAGAGACAGGCGCAAAAGCAAUGCCGUUUAUUCUAUCGAGGCUGUGGUUCUACAGAGCACAAAAUGCCAGAACCUGCUGAGAAUCAAUGUUUCAUAGUCUGGUGUCAGACGGUGGAAAGCUUCCUGUAAGGUCCUGAGGGCGUGGAGGCGCCGAGCCGCGCAGCGCCGCCCAGAGAAAUCCACAGUAAUUUUAUGGUGAUGCUUUUUAUUUUAUGAGUCGUGCAGUUCAGAAUCUCAGGCUGAGAAAAUCGCCCGGCGCAUUUUGCACACCGAGUGUCGCCGAGAUACGUGGGUGCAUUCUCUGACAGAUGUAAAGCAGGCUGACAUCGCCUGACAAACCAGAGGCGUUCCUCCGGUAUCGGAAAGAAUAGAGAUAAAUGGGGCCUGUCCAAUAAGUCCAUGUGGUAGUGAUUCAGCUGCAAAUAUGAAAUACGACGGUCAUCUCUGUUACAGUUCUGUCAACGGAGAGUGGAAGAGAUACAAUAGUUGAUGAAUGGUUUCUGUGAAAUAAAUGUCAUCAACUGUGA